AUGUGUUGCCAAGAAUCUGAGUCGCCCAUGUGCGAAGACUCUGGAUCCAAGGUCAACCACAAAAGGAAUCUCAGCAAUGGAACAUCUGAACUGUCGCCACCCAGACGAUCCAAACGGCAGAAAUCCACUACGAAUUUGAAAGAACUCUCUUCUCCAGAAGCCUCGAAGUUGGAGCCCGAAGAAUUUACUCCUGCUUUGAAAGAAGAGGUUGACGACCAACGUCUGGUUGAUACUGCCAAGGAGAAGAAAAAGAAGGCUCCAGUUAAGAAGUCCAACGAAGACGUCAAAGUCGUCAAACCUAAAAAGGCGAGAAAGUCUAAGAAAGACCAAGAAGUUGAGAGGAUGCCUCUGGCACUGCGGACGAAAGGUCUGCGUAUGUUCGUCGGUGCUCACGUCAGUGCUGCAAAAGGUGUCUUCAAUUCCAUACAUAAUAGCGAGCAUAUUGGAGGAAAUGCAAUCGCCUUGUUCUUGAAGUCACAGCGCAAAUGGGACAACCCAGCUCUCCAGGACGACCAUCGCGAUGAAUUCCGUAAACUUUGCGUAGAAAAGGGUUACGAUGCAGCCAAACACGUUCUCCCUCAUGGCUCUUACCUUGUCAAUUUGGCCCAAAACGAUAAAGCUAAAUCCAAGCAAGCAUACACUUCCUUCCUGGAAGACCUACGCCGAUGCGAGGCACUUGGAAUUACACUUUACAACUUCCACCCCGGAAGUACCAAUCAGACUCCUCUACCCGAAGCACUUUCCCGCCUGGCAGAGAUGUUAGUCCAGGCCAUCACUGAAACGACGACCGUAGUUCCCGUCCUGGAGACAAUGUGCGGCCACGGCAACACAAUUGGCGGCACACUAUCCGAAUUCCGCGACCUGCUAGCUCUAAUCCCGAAAGAGCAUCACUCUCGCAUCGGCAUUUGCGUUGACACCUGCCACAGUUUUGCAGCCGGCUAUGAUCUCACAUCACCAGCCGGAUUCAAAGCCUUCCUCGCCGAAUUCGACGAGCUAAUCGGAAUCCAAUUUCUCCGAGCUCUGCACCUCAAUGACUCAAAAGCACCGCGCGGAAGCAAGCGCGAUCUGCACGCCAAUAUCGGCACGGGGUUCCUCGGCCUGCGCGCGUUCCACAAUGUCAUGAAUGAGCCACGGUUUGAAGGGCUACCUAUGGUCCUUGAGACACCCAUUGACCGUGUUCCGGAGCAGAAUGUAGCUAUCGGAGAUGAUGCAGCCGAUGGCAAUGAGAGCGAGUCUGAGAAGAAGAAACAGCCAAAGAAGGGACCCAAGAGGCCUGCUGGUGCGGGCGCAGCUGCUGUUCCCGAUCCGGGUGUGUGGGCGGCUGAGAUCAAACUACUUGAGUCGCUGAUUGGUAUGGACCCUGAGGGAGCAGAGUUCCGGGCUCUUGAGGCUCGUCUUUCAGAGGAGGGUCGUGCGGAGCGCGAGAAACAUCAGGAUCAGUAUGACCGUAAGCUCGAGGCGGAUGAGAAAAAGAAAGCGAAGGAAGCAGGCAAGGCCAAGGGGCAGAAGAGCCUUAUGGACAUGAUGAAAGGUGGUGCCGCGAAGGAGUAG